CACUAGAAGACGGCAACACGCAAAAGUUUUGCUCUCUUUCAUACAUUUUGCUCUUCAGCCGACCCACGUCAUGCCUGUGCGGUGACGUCACGACCGCACAGGGGACUCGUGGACCAAAGAGAGGUGAAAAAAAGAAACAAGUAGUCGAGGCGCUCGUGGAAACAGGAAGCAAAAGGGGGAAAGCCAAGCAGAGGUUGUUGUUGUUAGAAAAAAAAACUUCCGAAGGGAGCACUCUGUCUUUUACCUCCCCGUUAUUUUGAGCUCUUUAAACUGACAGUGCAGCCAGUCCGUUGCUUGGACACCGCGCUCUGAAGGAGGGAAGCUCGCGCGCUUCGCGCCGAAGUGGAUGGACCUGGUCGGGGUUUCGGUUUAUUUGACAUUCCUCACCGUCCACCACGCCGGAAUUAACCCCUUCUUACUGUUACCAUAUUGUUUUUAUAGGCAGGGCGUGACAUUCCACCGUUUAAAAGCGGCCCUGGUCGAUUUUACUGGAGUAUUUUGACGUUUGAAGAAGUCUUCAGUUCGUCUGACAGGAACGGUGUAACGUUACGCACAGGCAGCCUGAGCUAACGCGAGCUAGCGACUUAGCUGCUAAUGUCAACUAACAUGGAGGGAGAGGUGCAUGUGUUACAUAACAACCAAACGCAAUUAAACCACCGACUUUUGACACCCAGCAAGCACAGUUAUGGACGUGAAUUAAUCUCCAAAGAAUAAAACUGCCCAUAAACACAUUUAUUUGUGAGAGAUGGAGUCGAACCCGCUGAUCAGCGCAAUGGAUCCGUCCAUUACAUUGUGGCAGUUCCUGCUACACCUGCUGGAUGAUCAAAGUCAGAAGCACUUGAUCUCUUGGACAUCUGGGGAUGGGGAGUUCAAACUGCUGGAUGCCGAGGAGGUGGCCAGACUCUGGGGGCUGCGCAAGAACAAAACCAACAUGAACUAUGAUAAACUGAGCAGGGCACUUCGUUACUACUAUGACAAGAAUAUUAUUAAGAAAGUUAGCGGCCAGAAGUUCGUCUAUAAGUUUGUGACCUUUCCGGACCCCAACUCUGCUGAUGGACUGAAAGGACCUGAGGAUUCCCAGAGGGCCACUACAGGGGAGAAAUUGGAGCUGUCCAUUCAGAGCAAAUCUAACACAGGUGCUAACACCACCAACCCAUGUCUCUCCAAGAGCCUGCAGGUUCAGCGCUCCUCCCCUAGCUCAGUGCAACGCAGCUCCCGAAAUGAUUACAUGAAGUCUGGUCUCUACUCCACUUUCACUAUUCAAUCCCUACAGACGCCCUGCAAAACUGCAUCCAAAUUCAUCAAAACGGAGCAUCUCCUGAGUGACAACAGCCCCAAACCUGCUCAUCUGGACCGCACAGUGCACGAGAUGCAAAUGUGUCAGACAGAAGCACAGCAGGGAACUGCUCAGGUGCAGUCGACUAUGGAGAGCAGCAAUUUGCAUGUGAUAGUGACCCACCCCUCCCCAUGUGCUACACCUGCCCUCAGCCCACAGACGCCCUCUGGAUCUGUCACUGCAACCAUGAAUACUCAAGCACAGAAGAGCCAUAAUUUGGGUGACCCACCCCAGAUCUACUUGUCCGAUCCCAGCUCUCUGACCUCGCUCAUUCCUCUAGCUCAUGGAGAAUGUGUUGUCAACCCUUCUCAGCCUGUAUUUGUGGUCAUAAAGCCUUUGCCUGUUGGACUGGCCAAAGAGUCCAGCCUCCCGCCUGAAGAAGACCUGCUGGAGAUUGUCGAUUUGGAUGACAAAACAGAUGUUGAGCCAGUGUCCACAGUGCCUGUCUCUGGAGUUACAGAUGCCCCAAUCUCUGUGGAUGCUCCAUCACCCUGCGUGGAGCCGGUGGCCCAGCCUGUUGGAGAAGGGGAGGUGAAAGAAAAGCCUGAGCUACCCGAGGACACCAAUACUGCAUCAGCCUCCCUCCCAGCAAGCACGCAGGAAGUCCAGCCUCCUAAAUCAAAGAAGCCACGUGUGCUGGAACUGCCAUCCUCGUCUACGCUGCUACCCCCUGGACUCUCGCUGGAUAAGGUCAAUGCAGCGGUGAACAGCCUUCUGGCUUCUGGCAGUGCCACAAACACCUUAACACCCACAGUCAUCACCUCCCAUGCCCUGACUCCAGUGCUGUUGACACCAAGUCCACUGCCAUCAACCAUACACUUCUGGAGCACACUCAGUCCAAUCGCUCCGCGCAGCCCUGCCAAGCUCUCCUUCCAGUUCCCCGCCAAUGGAAGCAAUCAGAUCCAGAUCCCAGCACUGAGUGUGGACGGCCUAUCCACACCUGUCGUUCUCUCCCCUGGACCACAGAAACCAUAAUUUGCAAUUUAAUUCCCUUAUCUUCUGCUGUAGCCAUUGGCUACCUACCCAGCCAAUGAAAUGCUGAGGACGGCCAAUGAAAGUUGGGACACUCCAUAUCAGGUUCUGCUGUGAGUUGGGCGAGGCCUCUGCUCCAAAUCUGCAAGAGGAGUGCGCUCUCAGCUGUCCUUCACAAUUGGUUGAUGGAGCAGCCCACUUUUGUGAUUGAUGGUGGCAUUUGCAGAAACUAUUUGAUCUUUUGUUUUUUCCUUUGCUUUUUAUAUGAUCAUCAACGGUUAUUUAUUUAUUUCUGAUGUUUCUUGGUGCAUCGCGAGAUGCACAUUCCCGAAUGCUCAUGUGAAUUUGGAACUUGGAGAUCUCACUUCAUUUUUGAUUUCUCACAAUUCCAUUGAGUUAUGGAUCAGACAUGCUAUCCUUUGAAUGAAUCAAGGCAUUAAAUGCCAUUUACUUCACAGACGGAGUAUAGCUUUCUUCAAAAGGGGGGGGGGGGCAUGCAUUUGAAAUCUGCAAGUUAAUUUCUUUCUUUGACAUUACAUAGACACAAAUACAUAAUAUUUAGUAUAUAACACACUGUUGUUUUAAACAUUUUGUUUUUUUCCAUGGACACUUUUUGCUAAAGUGGCAUUGAAAAUGCCAGAGGAAUGUCACAGCCAUUCCCAGGAUUUGAAGAGGUGGAACCAGGGUGGAAAAGAUACAAAGAGAUUCUGAAUGAUAUCAGGGUCUGGAAUGUUUCAAUCUUUUUCUUCUAUGACAUCAUUCCUUUAUUUCAGAACUUUCCUCUUGUAAAUAGACAUUGCACCCAUUCCAAGAUUUGAAA